UUACCUUUCCAACCCUAUAAAAAAUCAAACACAACUCUGAAAACACAGAACUCUCUCUCACUCUCUCUCCCCUUCCGUGUCUCUGCUGGCUCCUUUCGGAUCUUGAAAAUGCAGAGCACAGCCUUCACUCCUUCUUCUUCUUCAUCUCUCUCCCCCCUCAAACCACGACGCCUAGUUGCUAACCCUAUUUAUUCACUCCCUUCCAGAUUCGAUCCGAUUCGCGCUUUCUCUUCUUCUUCUUCUUCUUCUUCGAAGCGACACGACCCCGACUCCAACAAUGUCGUUUUCCCUCGCCGAUCAUGGUCCUUGUCUUCAGCUUCCAACUCCUCUCUUUCGCGGCCGUGGAAUCCCUUGGUCUCUGAGCGUAAAAUGGAGCGUUUUGAGGUGAAAGCAACGGCGGUUCCAGAGAGUGCUGGUGAGGGAAAAGAGAAGAGUAGUUUGACCAAGACUUUAGAGCUUGGUUUAUUGUUUGGCCUUUGGUAUCUUUUCAAUAUCUACUUCAAUAUUUAUAACAAGCAGGUUUUGAGGGUAUUCCCGAACCCAGUAACUAUCACUGCAGCUCAGUUUACUGUUGGGACGGUAUUGGUUGCUUGUAUGUGGACUUUCAAUCUGUAUAAAAAGCCGAAAGUUAGUGGCACGCAGCUUGCUGCAAUUCUGCCAUUGGCGGUGGUUCACACGCUAGGGAACCUUUUCACUAAUAUGAGUCUUGGGAAGGUUGCUGUUUCAUUCACGCACACUAUCAAGGCUAUGGAGCCAUUCUUCUCGGUUGUCCUCUCUGCUAUGUUUCUCGGGGAGAUGCCUACACUUUGGGUGGUUGGUUCCAUUAUACCAAUUGUUGGUGGAGUGGCACUUGCCUCAGUCACUGAGGCCUCUUUCAAUUGGGCUGGUUUUUGGAGUGCAAUGGCUUCUAAUUUGACAAACCAAUCUCGUAAUGUCCUAAGUAAAAAGGUCAUGCUUAAGAAAGAGGAAUCUAUGGACAACAUUACUCUUUUCUCCAUCAUAACAAUCAUGUCAUUUAUCUUAUUAGCCCCUGUGACUAUCUUCAUGGAAGGUGUCAAGUUUACUCCAGCUUACCUCCAAUCUGUUGGAUUGAAUGUUAAAGAGGUAUACACUAGGGCUUUUCUUGCUGCGCUUUGCUUCCAUGCCUAUCAACAGGUUUCCUAUAUGAUUUUGCAAAGGGUAUCCCCUGUUACACACUCUGUUGGUAAUUGCGUGAAGCGGGUGGUUGUCAUUGUGAGCUCUGUCCUCUUCUUCAAGACACCUGUGUCACCUAUCAACUCACUUGGUACCGGGAUUGCCCUUGCCGGAGUUUUUCUGUAUUCAAGAGUGAAGAGCAUUAAGCCAAAGCCAAAGACAGCUUGAAGUUCCGAGGAGAUUUUGCUGUUAAACAUGGGUCAUUAGAUGAUAAUAUCAUGCUAUUGCAUUCAAGAACAUGUUUUUGUAGAUCAGGCCAGGAACUCGUUUAGGUUUUUUUAUCAGGUUGAUUUAUUCUCUUGCAGACACCCAAUCCAAAUUUUGCCUGGUGCAAGCAAAGUUUGUUGAUCAGAAAUUCUAGUGUCUUGCUUCGUUAUUUUGUCGUCUUUAAAAUAACAACAGAGGCGGUUUUCGCCAUCUUUUUCUUGACUCAGUCGCCCAAGCUUUCUCCUAAAGAAAGAUGGAUGAGAACGGUGGGAGGAGGGGGUCAGGUCACUGGUAAACUCCACAUGCGGUGACGAAUUGUUGAUACGAAUCUCAAUGGCCUUUUGAUAGCUAGCUUUAUAGUUGAGUCGAAUCCAAAAUGCAGGCUGCUGUCUUUUAUCGUGGCAGGACAUUCUUCAGCUGGGUUGCUACCUAAAAAUUUACCAUAGAGCUGAACAUGUGCGCGUGCACCACAACCCCCUACAUGUGCACGCGCAUGGAAGGCACUUUAGAAUUUUCUGUUUAUUUUUAGAGUGUAAUACCUUCUUCUAUUUUAGAUGUGUUUUAAAAUUACAUUAUAUUUUAAAAGGCAUUGAAUUGAUUUCGUUUUUCUGCAA